UACCACAUUAAACUACCUUGUACAUUAAAAUAUUGACAGUAUUGUCUAAAUCUAUUAGCAUUUAAAAAAGUAUCAAGUUCUGAAUUUGCUUCAUUUCAAGAAUAAGAGGGUACUGAUGUAUCUUAUAUUCCUGUACCUUUGUAAUGAGGCAAUUACUACAUUGGAAUUGCUAUUAAAAUUAUAAUCUGUUUUUUUUUUUAAAUAACAUCAUGUUUCAUCUACAUUUUAAUUAUCAAGUAAACAGUGACUUAGGCUUUCUGAUUAGGAACUUUUAUGAAUCCUGAUUUAUAUUAAUAUCCUUAAAUAUCCAUGGUACUUGAAGUAAAAAUGUUAAGGCCAUCCUUUUUAAAGUAACUUGUGAUAGUUUAUUCAGAUCACAUUUAUUAGUCAAAUUUUGAUGUAAUUAUGGGGUUCUGAUUAUAAAUUGCACUAAAGUUGAAAGAGAAGUUUAAUAGGUUUUUCUCGAAUAGUUUUUUUCUGAAAACCUAAUCUUCACUUUAGAUUUACAUUUAAAAAUUUGACUACAGAUUAUUAUAAUAUUCUCAGAUAUGUGUACUUGAUAUUGAUUCAAUGUUAAUUUUAUUCUUAUUGACAUAUGACAAUGACUUAAUAAGAAAAAAAUGUGCAGCUGAAAAUUUGACAUAGGAAUAAAGAUCCAAGGGACACUAACUUAAUUUGGAAUAAUGACUUUUAGAGGCGAAAGUUAUUAGUUCAGCACUUAGAUGUUAUAUAACAAGAACAAAGGAAAAUGUCCCAAAUUUCAAUAUUCUAAGAUUUCAGGUAUCAAAAAGUGAUGUCUCUGUUCAUAAACACUGAAAGAAUUUUAAAUGUAUUUCAGAAAAAUUUCUAAAAAUAUCAUAAGUAAGUUCCUGGUAAUAUUAUUUUAAAAAUUAACACGCACAAUAUCCUAGAAUAAGGUGAACUUUAGUGGCCAAAGUGUUUUAUUUUAAAGCUCCGGUGUUCAGUUACAAAUAUUUAAUAAUAAAAACAUGAGCUGAUAAAUUGUUUUAAAUGAAAAGAUGUAAGGUUAUUCGUGCAUAUUUCGAUUUUCCCAAAAUCUAAUUGUAAUAUAUUUGUGACCACUGCUAAAGGACAGUAUUGAAUUACAUACUCUUAAGUGAGAGUGUACAGUCUUUAAAAAACAUAAUUGAAAGUGAUUGCAUUGAAUACAUUGCAAAUGAAUAUAUAGCCUAUUUUGGAAAUCAAUGAAGAAUCUACAAUCUACAGCAUUAGCCACAUGAUGUCGCUGUAUACCACAAAGUCUUGUCAAUGUUAAUGUAUAGAUCACCAAAAACUAAGGGUGGAAGCUCCAUUUUGUUACAGCCUGAGAGAAGACAAAAACAGGAGACAUAUUAUUCAAGAUAUAAAGUAAAGAAAGCAUGAUUUUGAAGUGAGAGCGGUACCAAAGGUGUAGUGGUUUUGCGAUGCUGUUUCCUAGGCAAGGAGGCAAGGGAGCCCAGCGCCUGCUGCUCUUCGUUUUGCUCCUCGCAGCCUGGAAGACUGGGAGUGGUCAGGUCCACUACUCCGUCCCGGAGGAGGCCAAACACGGCACCUUCGUAGGACGCAUCGCGCAAGACCUGGGGCUGGAGCUGGCACAGCUGGUGCCACGCCUGUUCCGGGUGGUGUCCAAAGGCCGUGGGGACCUUCUGGAAGUAAAUCUGCAGAAUGGCAUUUUGUUUGUGAAUUCUCGCAUCGACCGCGAGGAGCUUUGCGGGCUGAAUCUGGAGUGCAGCAUCCACCUGGAGGUAAUUGUGGACAGGCCGCUGCAGGUUUUCCAUGUGGAGGUGGAGGUGAAGGACAUUAACGAUAACCCACCGGUUUUCAGAGGGAGAGAACAAAGGUUAUUUAUUCCUGAGUCUAGACUGGUGGAUUCACGUUUCCCGAUAGAGGGUGCUGCUGAUGCGGACAUUGGGACCAAUGCUCUAAUAACUUAUACCCUCAGCCCCAGUGAUUAUUUCUCUUUGGAUGUACAGGCAAGUGAUGAACUGAGUAAGUCACUUUCACUUGAAUUGAGGAAAUCUUUGGAUAGAGAAGAAACACCAGAACUUCGUUUAUUAUUGACGGCCACUGAUGGGGGCAAACCAGAGCUGGAAGGUACAGUUCAGCUGCUGAUCACAGUGCUGGACGUUAAUGAUAAUGCCCCAUUGUUUGCCCAGGCUGUGUAUAGAAUCCAUUUAUUAGAGACUACAGCAAAUGGAACAUUAGUGACUACAUUAAACGCCUCUGAUGCCGAUGAAGGUGUAAAUGGCGAAAUUGUCUUUUCCUUUGGCAGUGAUGUUCCCCUAAACAUUCAAAAAAACUUCAAAAUUGAUUCCAGCUCAGGAGAAAUUAGGCUAAUUGGUAGACUGGAUUAUGAAGAAACAAAAUCUUAUGAAAUUCAUGUAAAAGCAGUUGAUAAAGGAAGUCCUCCAAUGUCAAAUCACUGCAAGGUUUUAGUGAAAGUGCUAGAUGUAAACGAUAAUGCUCCACAACUGGCAGUCACAUCUCUGUCUUUGCCGGUCAGAGAGGACACUCCACUCAGCACCGUCAUUGCUUUUGUUUCCGUGUCCGACCGCGACUCCGGUGUCAACGGGCAGGUGACCUGC